UCCUGCUACAUAUCUCAUCGAUCACCAGUGCGCACGCUCUUGGAUUAUACAUGGUUCAUAACUCAUAAGCAUCUGUCCCGCGGCACCAGAGGGGGCAGGAUGUUCCGAGCAGUGAAGCAUGCCGUCGUCUGGGCGAAGAAGAGCCGAGCGCGAGCUGAGCCCGCGGCCUUGUCUGCCUUCGCCAGCCACUUCUCCGCGGCUUCCACCUCGCAGAGGUUGGCCGGGAAGGUCGCCGUGAUCACCGGCGGCGCCAGCGGCCUCGGCAAGGCGACUGCCGCGGAGUUCGUCAGGAACGGCGCCAAGGUCGUCCUCGCCGACGUCCAGGACGACCUCGGCCACGCCGUCGCCGCCGAGCUCGGCCAUGACUCCGCAUGCUACACGCGCUGCGACGUGACGGACGAGGCGCAGGUCGCCGCGGCCGUGGACCUCGCCGUGGCGCGGCACGGCCGGCUCGACGUCAUGUUCAACAACGCCGGCAUCAGCGGCGCCCUCACGCCCGUCCCCCUCGGCUCCCUGGACCUCGCCGACUUCGACCGCGUCAUGGCGGUGAACGCGCGGGCCGUGCUCGCGGGCGUCAAGCACGCCGCGCGCGUCAUGGUCCCUCGCCGCAGCGGCAGCAUCAUCUGCACGGCCAGCACGGCGGCGGUGCUGGGUGGCGUGGCGUUCCCGGCGUACAGCGUGUCGAAGGCGGCGGUGGUGGGGCUCGUGCGCGCCGUGGCGGGGGAGAUGGCGCGCGCCGGGGUGCGCGUGAACGCCAUCUCGCCCAACUACAUCCCGACGCCGAUGGUGAUGGGGUACAUGGCCGAGUCCUACCCCGGGGCGAGCGCCGAGGAGCGCAGGCGGAUCGUGGAGAGGGACAUGAACGAGAUGGGCGGGCCGGCGCUCGCGGCGGAGGACGUCGCCCGCGCGGCGGUGUACCUGGCGUCCGACGAGGCCGGGUACGUGAACGGGCAUAACCUCGUGGUCGACGGCGGGUUCACCGUCGGCAAGGCGCCGAAAAUGCCGGCGCCGUGACGUUGAUAGGUCUUGAUGCGAUGAAGUGUUCUGCCUCGGACCAAAACCGGACAUGUUCGUUCUUCAACAUUGCAGUUGGGCAAACCUGUUACGCUUCAUAGUACUCCCUCUGUUUUUCUAGUCUGCUUAUAAAAUUGUCUGAAGUUAAGCUUUGUGAAAUUUGACCAACUUUAUGAAAGAAAAUGUCAACAUUCACAAUAGAAAAUCAAUAUUAUUAGACUGUCUACUUUACAGCCGGAUGAAAACCAAUUGGAGUUCAGUCGUUUUUUUCAACCAAUUACAACUUGACAAGAGUUCCUGUCCACUGUACACCACUCUCCUGAAUGUAUGCACGUUGUCUCCAUCAGUAACAAUAUCAAGUCUCUUCCUUAUAACAACGUCAUGAGGCCCAAAUACAAAAGCCUAAGGAAGACUACAGUAAAAGCUAACACCUGAACUAAACUAGGAAGUGCAGCCACUGACACUAUUCUCACAUGUAAAAAAAUGAAGUUACUGAAACGACCAGUCUAAUUUACACUAUGGAAUAAUCACAUGUCAGGUGCCCUCCCUAAAUCACCUCUCUCCCUGAUGCUUCUGUCAAGUACAUCAAUCCAACUGCAGCAUUCCCUCAUAUCAACAUGAUGUUUAUGAAUCCUUAAUUUUCUGUUACAAGUUACAAAAAAAGGAGAACAUAAAAUAGUUAAGAGACUGCAGCCGGUAGAUAACGGAAGCACUUCUAACAGCUAGUAGACACUAGAAGCACAUCUAGAUCAUAAUUGCAUCGAACUUUACAGAGAAAAUGAGUAUUGUAUACCAUAUCUAGCCAUGUGCAUAUGACUACCAGAUCUUGUAACUCAUGCAAAAGACUAUAAUGAAAAACAACUACCCUCAUUUAUGAAGGUAGAAAGAGAAGACAUGAAAUGCUUCUCCAAA